AUGACGUUCCACAAUCAUUACGAGUGCAACAUUGGAACUAAGAAAUCAAAUGGGACUUCGGUUAAUCCUAAUCAGAGGGAAAUUGAAAGAUUAUCUGCCACGUUUUUUGUCACAAAUUUCCCAAAUAAUUUGAAUGAAAAGGAUCUGUGGAAGAUGUUUGAUGAAAAUGCCAAGGUAGGCAAUUAUCAUCUGUUUGUUUCGUUAGCAAGAUUCAAGAGAGACCAUAAAAAUAUUCCUAAACCCACCGGAGAUAAUCAAGUUCACGAACCUGGAAAAAAGCGUAAUAACCAUGGAAUUGGGGCUGAACAGGUGCAUAGAAACUCGUAUGCCAACAUUCUUAGAGGCUCUAAUGGUGAAAAGAAACAGGAGAAAGCAAAAACAACAAAAAUAAUUUCUCUUGCUGCAGGGGAUUUUAUGACUAUAGAUGAUUCUACAAAGAUUGUCCUGGGCAAGGUAAAAGAUGCUUCUAUUAUCCCUCAGCUUUACAGUUUAUGUAGUGUUGAAGGUUUUGAAGAGGUAGAAAUUAAAUAUGUGGGAGGCAGAUGGGUGUGGUUCCAGUUUAUGGCGUCAACUACAUGUGUUCUAUUUAAACAACAUGGUGGGAUUAAGAAAUAUUUUUAUGAGGUGAUUCCGGUUUCCAAGUCUUUUGUUGUGAAGGAAAGAGCAGUUUGGCUAGAGAUUCAGGGUCUCCCACUCUAUGCAUGGUCUAUUACAGCUUAUAAGAAGAUUGCAGGGAUGUAUGGCAAGGUGUUGUUUGCUGAUGAGGAUCUUGAUGAGCAAUUAAGUAGUGGGAAGAAGCCUAAAGAUGAUGCUAUAAAUGAUGGGGAAGCUCAAAAAGAAGAGAAUGAUUUAAGUGACGAUGAAGAUGCGGAGAGUAUAGAUGAAGAGUCAGAAAAUGAAAAAAACGAUGACGGGAUGAAUCAAUUUCUACCUGAUGAUCCAGUUUUUUAUAAUGAUAAGUUUGUUGGGUUGAAAGAAGGUAUUAUUGAGAAUGUUUCAAGUGACCAAGAGUUUUAUAAUAAGGAUCCAGUUAGUGCAUCGGUUAAUUCAAAAAAAGUCGAUUCCUAA